CCAAACAAAGCGUGGGGUUGAAAUUCAUUCACGAAAGAAAAAGGGCUUUGGAAUUUGGAUAAAAGGAAAAGGGCACUGGAAAAAGGCUUCAAAAAAUUCUUCAAAAGAAUGCUAAUCUAUGGCGGAACAUACAGCAGAUGCUCGUUACUGUUUCGAAAUAGAUACAAAUCUGUCUCCGCACGCAUCACCAAUGGUCGUCGGAUAAGUGUGGCUACAACAACGGCUGCCGCGGCCGCAAUCGUGUUUUCUGUGAUGGUUGGGGCGGGUGCAAUUGAGGUGGCAGCGCCGCAACAACCGGAGGAGACUCUGUCAAAUAUACCACAAACAUUAUCGAGUGUAUGUACUCCUGAACAGAAGGAUUGUAAGAAAGCGAGGAUCCAACGGCCGAAAUCUAAGAAAGCUGAGAAGUGUACCAGUAAAUGUGUAUCUACUUGCAUUUUGGGCGGAUUUGGAUCCCCCGGUGAAGGACCUCUCAAUAUUAGGAGACCUCUAGUUGUCUUCAAGGAUGGGUUCCGAAGUCGCCAAUAUUGUUUAUCGGAGUGCUCUGAUAUAUGCAACUUAAUUGGAGAUGGAGAUGAUGGACCCUAACAAGAGAUACAAAUUUUGAAUCCGUAGAUCGGUGAAGACAUUUCGUGCAAAUAUUGCACGUGGAAGUUAGUUUUUUUUCUUUGUUUAUAUUAUUAGAGGCUCUUGUAUAGGCACUUCUUUUAUAGUUUUAUUUGUGAAUAUCAUAACUGUAUGACACAUGAUACUUAGGAUUGUAUAUUAUUUAAUAUUUUCUAUAAAAAACCAGUGAAUAGAAGACAUGGAGUCUCUUUAUAUGUU